CUUUGAAUGUCUGUGCGCACACUUGAGCAGCACGUCUUUUGAGUUCAUCCCAUCCCAUUUCCUGGCCCCGCUUCCUGAGGGAGGAGGGCCACGGGAGCAGCCAUGGGAAAGUUCGCCCCGUUUUUUCCGAUAACAGCGAUUCUUUUUAAAGACGCGUCUCAGAGAGGGAGAAAGCGAGGAGGAGCUGAGCCUGGUCAAACAGUGAGGAGUCACAGCCCGAUACUAAAGAGAGAAAGGAGCAGAGGAUGUCCAGAGCUGAUUGGUCCUUCCUAGAGCACCUGCUGGAGGAGGGCCAAGAGUAUUCAACAGGCAUUGGCCGCAUCUGGCUCACUGUACUCUUCCUGUUUCGCAUUUUGGUCCUAGGAACCGCUGCCGAAUCCGCCUGGGAUGAUGAGCAAGCGGACUUCGUCUGCAACACCAAACAGCCCGGCUGCACCUCUGUCUGCUAUGACAAAGCCUUCCCUAUCUCUCACUUUCGUUACUUCGUCCUCCAAGUCAUCUUUGUGUCCACACCCACCAUCUUCUACUUUGGAUAUGUGGCGAUAAGGGCUAGGAGGGAGAAGGCGAAGGAGGACGAGAAGGUGGAAGAAGGUAGUGAGAGCAGUUCACAAAAUGUCACAGUUGUGAAUGAUAAGAAUGUUACUGGAAACAAUGCACAGGAGCAGGAGAAAAGGGAGGACAGAAAAAAAUGCAGAAAAGCUGUUGAGGCUCCUCAUCACGCUCCCAAACUAAAGGGCAGGUUGCUGUGUGCCUACGCAUUCUGCAUCUUGGUGAAAAUUGUCUUUGAAGCUGGCUCCAUCGUGGGCCUCUGGAUCCUCUAUGAUGGCUUCUUCAUAGCACCGAAGUUUGAGUGCACCAGGUCCCCCUGUCCUCAUACCGUGGAUUGCUUUGUCUCGAGACCCACAGAGAAGACCAUCUUUACCUUCUACACUCAAGCGAUGGCAGCCGUAUCCCUGAUCCUCAACUUCGCCGAGCUUCUCCACCUCAUCCAGCUUGCCAUCUCGCACAAACUUGAGAAGGUCUACCGUUCCGGUCAUCAAGCCUACCUACCUCCCUCUGAGCAGGUACAGGCUGGAGGACAGACUCCAGAAGCUCUGGCCCACAAUAAUAUCCAACUGCAGCACGAGUCCACGAGUCGUUACUCCAACCCCUGUGAGAGCUACGGAGAUCUGCAAAUAGAGGUGAACUGGGAAGCUGGGAGUGACGUUCUUCCUAGUUACUUGCGCUGCAUGGAGGCGGCUGGGACAGCACACCACCCAAGAACACACUGUAAGAAACAAGCACAUCAUCCUUACAAAAACACCAAAGGUGCCUACAAGGGACAGUCGAAGCAAAAGCAUUACGUCUGAUCCCCUUCUUUGGACAGUUCUCUGUGAGACUUUUUUUUUUAUUGUUAUCAUGGAAUUAUUUUUCUGCACAUGACAAUUUUGUGUCAGGAGUGCAGAGGGAGAGCACAAAUAGAAGAGAAAAUGAAGUACAGCUAUUGCACUGUGAACCCCAUGCCUCACAGGCAGGUAGACAUCUAGAGAAAAAUUUAGCAGAUAAAUGGGCCUAUUCAAAAACCCUCGCCGAGUCAAAGAAAAUGAGACUCCACCAUGAGAGGAGAUUACAGUCAUAAGACGCCUUCAUGUUGCAUUUAACGGCUUUCCGAGCUUAAUGUGUCAGUGGAAAAACACUGCCGUGGGGGUCUGUGUUUGCUUGUUAGAGAGAGAAUUCAACCAGAUUCAAGCGUAUUUCUCUGAUAUUUGCACUGUAACCCAUCAGACUGUUUGAAGCCCCCCCCCCAUUCUCCCCAUGGCUCUGGAAUGUACUGGUCUGUAGUCUCUGCUCUGCUCCCAAGAGGAUAAAGGCUUCGUGGAUGCAGUCACGCAUGUAUGCACAUGCACAUUUGAUGCACUUUUCCCCUUUCACCCAGUGUGCUUUGGUCACCAGAGCUGGGGACGAGGACGAGGAAGGCGACGGGAGAAGGGGAGUAGGAGGCAAACCAUGGGAAUUCUGGGAUUGUACAUGACUUAUCAUUUUUGCUUCCCGUACUGUUUUAUUUAUGGGGAAGGAGGAAGCGAGAGGUCGAAUGCAUACAAGUGCUGAAUAAUGGAGUAAAAGCUAGCAUCGCAUUUGUAGAAGGUGGAGACUGAAGUAAAAAUGCAUUUGUGAAUUCAGAAUAAAUGGACCAUAGAGGUACAGCAAUGGGCAAAAUCAAUGAGUGAAACCUACCUUGUGAAAACUGUAUUUAAUGUUGAUGAUGUUUUGAAAAAAAUAUAUCCUGUUUUAUUUAUUAUUUUGAAAUAAAGUUAUCUACAUUUCAUGGCUCUAUGUAGUAUAAAAGGAUGCCAUAAGGUGAUGAUUUCAGGAUACGGCUGCUGGUUUUGUUUUUGCUUUCUGUAAUCCAAGGUUGAGAUUUCCUUGCAGGUAAAGCUUUUGUCUAAAGCCUCUUUGCACCAUUUCUUUGCUAUUCAAAUAGUGUCACAAUAAAGACGCUAUAAAUCACCCAGGAGAAAGUGGUUUGAAAGGAAAAAAAAAAAAAAACAGAAAGGCCGAGGUGUGAAGACGGGGACGAGGCUCAUGGAGUAUUGAAAGCUAAAAACCUCCUGAGGGUAAAAUGGCUUUGAUUUAAUGGCUGUUUUCAAAUCCAUAGUGCUAGCAGCAGUGGGGAAAGGCAUCAAUUGUAUGGCAGUUAAGGUUCACACAAGGUGUGAUGGUACGGCACUCUGUGCUCUGUGUGCUAUCUCCUGGUCAAUGCUCUCUGUUAACAAUGUUUUCAACUGAUAGAAUCCAGCACUUCAACAAAGGCGCUCGUCCCGGCUCGCAGUGAAUGUAGCCAUAUGUCAUCUAGGAGGACUCGUUUCCAGCAAUUUAAUAAAAAUGUCACCAUGACAA